AUGAGAGUUCCAGACAACGAUUCCGGAUCUGAUACUAAAUGGGCCGAUAUUGAGGCUGAUGAGGAUUACGAAAAGCCUCAGAACUUAACUGGGUUCGAUUUUGGAAUCGAUGAGCAGGGAAUCAAGACGUUCAUAUCAUACCCUAAAAAUAACCGUGGACAAUCAAUUAAAUUAACCAAACGCAUAAAGGAGAUUAAAAUCAUUAAAAAGACCCACAAAUCUGUGUUUGACCGCAAAAAUCUUCUGCCCUUUAACCUAGAUGAUCAAACAGACAUGGGAUCUACUUUAAUAUCAAACGAAGAUAUCUUGUUGGAGCCAUCGAGAAAUGAACGCAGAUUUAACCAAGACGAAUCUGAUUUCUUAUAUACACCUGUUGACGCAAACCUAAUGAGAUUAACGAGGGACUUAAAGCUUAAAUUCAAGAGUCUCCGCGAAGAGGACGUGGUGGAGGAGGAAGUUGAGGAGAAGGAAACGACAGCCAAAUAUAUACCACCGUCCAGAAAAGAUGGAGUGGAGCGUCGAUCAUUUGAUGAGAACACUAUUCGUAUUACAAAUCUGAGUGAGGACAUUAAAGAAAAGGACUUGACCGACCUAUUUGGCAAGGUUGGAAGAAUUCACCGCGCAUAUUUGGCUAAGUACAAGGAAACUCAGAACUCCAAGGGAUUUGCCUUCGUUACAUACGUCAAUAGGCAAGAUGCAAUUGAGGCAAUUAACAGAUUUAACCGUUUGGGAUACAACAAUCUGUUACUCAAUGUUGAAUGGGCUAAACCUGCUAAGGAUCGUUAA